AUGGCUACCUUCUUCUCUGACCUGGUUCAGUUCCAAGGACUAUUUCAAAUGAUUCUAGUGCUGGGAAUUGGUGGUAGUUUCCCAUAUGGAUUCCAUAUUUCUGUCAUCAACUAUCCUUCUGUGCACAUCAGGAAGUUUAUUAAUGAAACCUGGAUGGAGCGCCAUGGCUCUCCCCUCCAUCCUGAGACAAUCAUGCUGUUGUGGUCCUUCAUUGUGUCUGUUUAUGGAAUAGGAGGGUUCCUGGGGAGCCUCUGCUGUGGCUACCUGACUACAAAAUACAGAAAAAAAAAAUGCCAAAUGUUCACCAACCUAAUCAUGCUGGUAGCUGCACUCCUCAUGGCCUUCAGUAAAACAGCCAAGUCCUUUGAGAUGAUCCUGGCUGGACGCUUUCUCUAUGGUGUUGGUACAGGUUUUUCUCUCAAUAUACAUCCUCAGUAUGUAGGAGAGAUUUCACCUAAGAAGCUGCGCGGAUUUACGAACUCCACAGUUGCUGUUUUUCUGACACUGGGAAAACUCACUGGACAGGUUGUUGGACUAAGGGAGAUUUUAGGAAGCGAAGCUUUGUGGCCCUGGUUGUUAGCAUCUAGUGGACUUUCAGCAUUGGUUCAACUGGUUACUCUCCCAUUUUUCCCUGAUUCACCAUCUUACCUCCUGAUCCAGAAGGGUAAUGAGGAAGCCUUCAGGAAAGCCAUUAGGAAGCUCUGGGGGGAAGGAGACCAUCAAGCAGAAAUUGAUGACAUUAUGAAGGAGAAGGUUGCAGUGACGAGCACUAAAACCCUGCGCGUCCUUGAAGUAAUAAAAGAGCGAUCUCUGCGCUGGCAGCUUUACAUCCUGGUGACUGUCAUGACCACCCUGCAGCUCUGUGGAAUCAAUGCAAUAUACUUCUAUUCUUUCGAAGUAUUCCAUACAGCCAAGUUUGAAGAAUACCUUAUCCCAUACGUGUCCCUGGGCAUUGGGUUGUGCGAAUGCUUAUCUUCUAUAUUGUGUAGCACCCUUAUAGAGCGAUUUGGGAGGAAGGUGCUGCUAUGCGGAGGAUAUACACUGAUGUGCUCUGUGCUAGCACUCCUCACCAUGACGCUGUCGCUGCAGCAUCAGUUCUUCUGGCUGCACUACUUCAGUGUUAUCUUGAUCUUCCUAUUUGUUUUCUUCUAUGGAAUUGGACCAUCUGGAGCCACUGUAUCUAUCAUGGUUGAAAUCUUCAGCCAGUCAUUCAGACCAUCAGCCUUUCUGAUUGUUGGCUGCAUCAACUGGAUGGGGCUCUUUGUACUUGGGAUGAUUUUUCCAUUGAUUGUUGAUAACCUUGGUCCCUUCUGCUUCCUUAUCUUUUUGGGAAUCCUUGUUUUAUCAGCAAUUUUCAUCUACCUGUACCUCCCUGAGACCAAGGGAAAGUCAAUCAUGGAAAUAAAAGCAGAGUUCAACAAGCUGAAUUUUGGAAAAAAGGAAAUCUCGGUUACAGAAAAUAAUUUUCCUAAGGAACAGUUGUUCUGCACCAAACUCUGA